AUGACUGGAACGAAGGUUAAAGCGACAGAAUGCAGCUUCGCAAUUGCUCAUUGCAUAGCUGCCAAAGGCAAACCCUUUACAGAUGGAGAAUAUAUAAAGGAAAUUUUUAUAAAAAGUGCUGAAAAGUUGUUUAGCGAUUUACCUAACCAACAAACCAUAUUAUCCCGAAUUCAAGAAAUACCGGCUUCUGCGCGAACAAUUGAAAGAAGAAUAACUGAAAUGGCAGACAAUGUAACAACAAAACAGAAUGCUGGAUUACAAGAAGCUGUUUCAUUUAGUGUUGCUGUUGAUGAAAGUACCGACGUAAAUGAUAUUGCGCGGCUUGCAGUAUUUGCACGGUAUUGUGAUAAAGAUCAAGUUUAUGAAGAAUUGUGUACUUUGAUUCCUCUGCCAGGGACAACUAAGGGGGAGGGUAUUCUUUUUUCAUUCAUAAGUUAUUUUGACAGCAAGAACAUUAAUGUCAAAAAAAUAUUUUCUGUAACUACUGACGGCGCAGCUGCAAUGAUUGGCAAAGAUAGAGGAUUUGUCAAACUUCUUGAAAAUCAUAUUGGACAUUAA